UCUCUCUCUGCGCCUUCACCCCCACAUCUUCUUCUUCACUUUCUCUCUCUACCGCUUCUAAUGGCGGUCAACGACCCGAUAGUUCUAUCGCCACACCUCUGGACAACUCCUUUUCACUGAUUUUCUACUCUACAGUGGUUUUCCGGUAGGAGUUUUUCUGCUUGUCAACUGCUCCUUAGGUUAUGGGAAGGAUGGGAGGUCGGCAAAGGACUUACAGCGCCAAUUUCACCGAUUAUAAGCUUCUUGAAGAGAUUGGUUAUGGUGCUAGUGCCACGGUUUUUCGAGCGAUCUAUACUCCGUCGAAUGAAGUUGUUGCCAUUAAGUGUUUGGAUCUUGAUCGCUGUAAUAGUAAUCUAGAUGAUAUACGUAGGGAGGCUCAGACAAUGAGUUUGAUAGAUCAUCCAAACCUCGUAAGGGCUUAUUGUUCAUUUGUUGUUGACCGAAACCUUUGGGUUGUCAUGCCAUUCAUGGCAGAGGGUUCUUGUUUGCACCUAAUUAAGACAGCAUACUCAGAUGGCUUUGAAGAGGUUGCUAUUGGUUCUGUCCUGAAAGAAACUCUUAAAGCCUUGGAGUACCUUCAUCGACAAGGACACAUACAUCGGGAUGUAAAGGCUGGAAAUAUACUACUCGAUGGUAAUGGGGCUGUGAAGCUUGCUGAUUUUGGUGUUUCAGCUUGCAUGUUUGAUACAGGUGAUAGACAGCGCUCCAGAAAUACCUUUGUGGGAACCCCAUGCUGGAUGGCGCCUGAGGUAUUGCAACCAGGAACGGGAUAUAAUUCCAAGGCCGAUAUUUGGUCCUUUGGUAUUACAGCAUUGGAGUUGGCUCAUGGUCAUGCACCGUUCUCAAAAUAUCCUCCAAUGAAGGUGCUUCUUAUGACCAUACAAAAUGCUCCUCCUGGGCUGGAUUAUGAUAGGGAUAAAAAGUUCUCUAAGUCUUUUAAAGAAAUGGUUGCAAUGUGCCUGGUGAAAGAUCAAACCAAGAGGCCAACAGCUGAGAAACUUUUAAAGCACUCCUUUUUCAAGAAUGCUAAGCCUCCAGAGCUUUCUUUGAAGAAAUUAUUUGCUAACUUGCCACCUCUUUCACUUCGUGUGAAGGACCUGCUGCUUAAAGAUGCUGCCCAGCUAGCCUUAAAGAAAAUGCCUUCAGCAGAGCAAGAAGCAUUAUCACAGAGUGAGUACCAGCGAGGAGUUAGCGCAUGGAAAUUUGAUGUUGAGGAUUUGAAAGCCCAAGCUUCCCUGGUGAAUGAUGAUAUGGAAGAGAUGAUGGACAAGGAGGAGAAUAUAAAUACUUGUCGUGUUAAGGAUGCUUUUUGUUCUCAAUCUAGUUUGAGGAAUUUCAAUUCAUGUAAUGAAUCAUCUCAGGAUGAACAUGGAGUAGGGGCAAGUGGUCAGGGGUUCCCAAAAGCGGAGUGCUUGAACAAAAAGGGAAACUUUAUGGAGGGUGAUAUGCUGAAAGCUGGGUUCCAAGAAACAACUGGAUGGAAGAGAAAUGGAACUAGCACUGAAGCAGAAGCUUCUACAUCUGGCCAAGACAGUGUACAAGGCAAAACCAAAACCCAAAUGCCAAAAGGUCGUCAAACUCAAAGUGGUCCACUUCUACCUGGUACUGUGCUUAGUCAUUCUCUAUCAGAAAGAGUGCGAGGAUCUGAUAGGUUUGAAUCUGAAAUUCAACCAUCUACUGAAAAAAAUCGUCGAGAAGCACGGCAAGCUCCAAGCUUCAGUGGUCCUCUAAUGCUGCCAAACCGUGCCUCAGCAAACAGCCUAUCAGCUCCCAUAAAACCUUCUGGAGGGUAUAGAGAUUCAAUGGAUGACAAAUCAAAAGCUAAUCUUGUGCAAAUUAAGGGGCGUUUUUCAGUGACGUCAGAGAACCUAGAUCUCGUAAAGGAUAUUCCAUUGAGCACGGUUUCACGACGGUCUGCACAGAACUCACCUCUACGAAAGUCGGCUAGUGUUGGUGAUUGGAUAUUUGAUUCCAAGCAGUCUGUCAGCCAACCCCCCAAGGAGGCUUGCAACAUCAACAUGCCCACAUCAAUUCUUAUGCCUCAUCUUCAGAAUCUUUUCCAUCAGACGUCAAUUCAACAGGAUCUUAUAGUGAACUUAUUGAAUAGCUUACAAACAGCAGACGUGGUUGAUGCUACUCAAAAUGGAAAGUUGCCUCCAUUGCCUCGAAGUUUGGAGAAUAAUGGAAGUGCCGAAACAGCAGCGGUUGAGAGAGAGCGUUUACUGAUGCGUAAAGUCUCUGAACUUCAAGCUAGAAUGACGCAUUUGACGUAUGAGCUGACUUCUGAAAAGUUGAAAUACAUACAAUUACAAGAGCAGUUCAACUCAGCAUCUGGUCAGGAAGAAAACGAGAUCAAGAGGGAAGAGAACGUCUGAAAGGGCACGUCCCGUGCGACGAUUGCUGUAAAGUACGCCACUAUAUACAUCUGGGAGAGAGCAAUAAUUAAGCAGUAAAUUGUUUUUGGCAUUCUACUCUUUUGAUAAUGUCGAUUGUUGGCGUGUUGAUAAGCUCUGUCGCUGAGACAAAGCCAGCAAUCAAUUUUCUCCAUCUGGUUCUUCAGAGUUGGCAUAAUUCAAGAUCAGUUGAGAUCCCUGAUCCAGAGUGGCCAUCAUCGCCAAAAAAACUCAUAUAUUGCUCCUCAGUAAGCCCUCAAAUUUUAAUCUUGUUAUUGUCUGGAUGGCCAUGAGAUGAAAAAAAAAAAGUCUCCUUUAAGUUUGUGAAUCGGCCUCCUACAUUUAUAUUUAUUUGUUCAUAUGUAAUAAUAAUGAAUUAUUAUUUUUA